AUGCAUUCAGUUUUCUACAUUCUACUUUUGAUUGGCUCCAGUUUGGCACACUAUAGAGGCUAUGAAUCUAGAAACCAUAUCGAAAGGGAAGAGCCGCACACCGAGAUGGAUAGUUUAGUAGAAUGCCCAGUUUGUGAAAUCUCACAAGCACAUGAAGAAUGCACCAUCGACGAAGGCAAUAAGAGAUUCAAAAGAUGCCAAUGGGACACCUACUUCAACGAGAAAUGCGGCAACCGUUUGGACUGUUAUAGGGGACCCGGAGAGACCUGCACUGAGAAAAUGGAAAAUGAUAUCUACGGCCAGAAAUGUGCCCGAGGUUGCUACUGCGAUGGCGCCGUUCACCAGUGCGUCUGCGUCGGUUACAAAGUUGAUCACUACUUACGUUUAAUCUUCGCCAACCCACUUUACCGCUACCCGCUUCCUUCUCAAAGAGACGAGGAACACAAACCUUUAAUGCUACUAGCU